UCUGCCUGUUUUUGACUCGUGCUCUGUCUUUUCUCUCCCUUUCUGCUACAUAUCUGAGCUUAUUAACACCCCAGUCCUGACUGUAAUUUUUUUAAAAAAAGGAAAAUACAUCUUCAAAACAUCCAUCUUGUUUGAAUUCGUGAAAUCACCCUGGCCAGCCUAAAAAUAGCACAAGAUCCUUUUUUACUGGAGUACUAAACCACGUUUCCUGUAGGAUCUACCUGACUUUUAAAUCUCGUGACUGACUUCUCACUGUCGACAACAUCACAAUGGAACUUGAAAAACUCUCUGAAGCAGAAGGCAUGAUGGGAAACGGGAACCAUGGGGGGGACUUAGGUCCGGAGAAAGUCACGCUGGAAGACAGCUAUGAAGUGCCUGGAAAAGACAAAGCCGAAUGUGAAGAGUUUUUACCGCACAAAACUGAUGGAAAGAAAAGGACACAGUUUACAGACUUUGAAGGGAAGACGUCAUUCGGGAUGUCUGUGUUUAACCUCAGUAACGCCAUCAUGGGCAGUGGGAUUCUGGGAUUGGCGUACGCCAUGUCGAACACUGGCAUCGUGCUCUUUGUAGCUCUCUUACUGUCUAUUGCCCUGCUGUCUGCGUACUCCAUACACUUGCUGUUGAAAUCUGCCGGCGUUGUGGGGAUCAGGGCUUACGAACAGCUGGGUAACAGGGCGUUUGGACACCCGGGUAAAAUUUUGGCCGCAUUGAUAAUCAGCAUGCACAAUAUUGGAGCAAUGUCCAGCUAUCUCUACAUUGUGAAGUAUGAACUCCCUCUUGUACUGCAAGCCUUUUUAGGCAAGACUGAAAAUACAGGGGAAUGGUUCAUGGAUGGGAAGUAUCUGAUCAUCAUUGUAAGUGUUAUAGUUAUCCUGCCCCUGGCGUUAAUGAGACAACUUGGUUACCUUGGCUACACCAGUGGAUUCUCAUUGGCCUGCAUGGUAUUCUUCCUUAUUUCGGUCAUAUAUAAGAAGUUCAAUAUACCCUGUCCACUCCCAGGCAAUGUGACCGACACCAGCCUCAUCUCAAAUGUCCCAUUAAACCAAACUUAUGAGGACCAAUGCACUGCCAAAACCUUUACCAUCAACUUACAAACAGCAUACUCCAUUCCAAUCCUGGCGUUUGCCUUUGUGUGUCACCCUGAAGUCCUCCCCAUCUACACUGAGCUGCGCAGGGCAACCAAAAAGAGAAUGCAGAAUGUGGCAAACAUCUCAAUUCUGGCUAUGUUCAUCAUGUACCUCGUCACGGCUGUGUUUGGCUACUUGACUUUUUAUAGUAACGUGGGAACUGAAUUGUUACACACCUACAGCACGGUCGACCCCCUGGACACUCUCAUACUGUGUGUUCGUGUGGCUGUGCUGGUGGCGGUCACCCUCACUGUCCCAGUGGUGCUAUUCCCGAUCCGUCGUGCUGUGAUGCAGUUGCUGUUUCCGGGGAGGGAUUUUCACUGGGUGCGCCACGUGGGAAUCGCAGUCUGUCUCCUUAUCGUCGUUAACCUGCUCGUCAUCUUUGUGCCCAACAUCCGAGACAUCUUCGGCAUCAUUGGUGCAACUUCUGCUCCCAGCCUGAUCUUUAUCCUGCCUGGAAUCUUCUACAUACGGAUUGUGCCUGAAGAGCAGGAGCCUUUGAAAUCCAGACCUAAAAUCCAGGCCGCCAUUUUCGCUGCUGUCGGCUUCAUCUUCAUGAUCAUGAGCAUAUCGUUUAUCAUCUUGGACUGGGUUAAAGGCGGAGGAAACAGCGUGGGUGGACACUAGCCUCAGAGAACAGAAACUGCAUGAAACCUUUCCCCACUGGACUUCUUCACAAACCCCACAAAAGACAAUGGCUGUCCGCCAAUCCAAUACCAUUAAAAAAAGAAAAACGAUCCCCAUUUUCUUGAAAACGUUGUCAUCGGUUACUAAACAAACACUGAAAGAUUAUCGAUUUGUUUUGAUGAGAAGACAGCUGUCACCAACUCCUUGGAAAAAAAAUAAAAACUCUCUUUAGUAGAGCUGAUAAGAAAUGGAGCCUGUCUCUCAGUCAGUUGCCAAGUAAACCAACAUAUUUCACUAGUCAUGUUCAGUGGUCCUGAGUGAUUUACAUUGUGUCUCUACUGUGUACUUACGAAUGUUGUUAAGUACACAGUAACUAUGCAUAAUAACAUUGUAAUGAUGUGUAAGUACACAUGUAUUUACUAAGUAACUACUAUGUAAAUACACAGAAAUUAGAUGCCCUUAAUGGAAAGUGUUACUCUUUUUUUUAAUCAUAGUUCCACAUUUGGCCCACUCAAAUAUAAGAAAAUAUAUAUAUAUAUUCUGUAUAUAUUUUUUUUUUACCAAGAAAAAAAUCACGAUUUGAGAAUAAACAAAAUUCAUUGAUAAAUUGCCCUGGUGAUAACAUAAAUGGUCUUUGUUAAACCUGGAAAUAAUUUGAUAAUUUUUUUUCUGAUGUGUAAGCCAUAUACCAAAACCUUGAAAUAUAAAGGAGCACUGUACUUCAAUAAAAUAAUUCAUAAUAGGGACUUUAUUUAUAUUUGAAGCUUCCAAAAAAAAUCCAUUUUUAUAAAAUAUUAUUGGUGGUGGUUUGCUCUAAUCCAGAUAUCUGAUGCCUCCUAAAUGUAUUACAUAAACCAAAGCUUUUUGAUUGGUUUGCCCUGAGCCAAUAAUAAGGCUCUAAUGUUUAUAUUCAGCUGUUCAAAUGGAACGGUUACAGAUGUCAACAGUGUAUUCUUGUACAGGAACAGUAAGGGUUAAUAAAUGGGCUAUUGCUUUUGAA